AUGGUCCACCUGAUUUGCCUUUACAUCGUAUUGUUCCACCACUAGUGACUUAACUAAAAGUCAGUCUUUAUUUCAUAUAUUCUAUUACAUUAGUAUAGAAGCAGGAGUUUUUUAAUUAACUUUUCAAUUGCAUAUCAACUAAAUAUUGUGGGAAUCAUGGGAGCAUAUAUACCACCACCCAAUGAUCGAGACGAUAGUAAUAAAGAUAAAGAUAAAGACAGUAAUAAAAAUAAUAAAAGUGAAGUAACUAAAGUUACUCCAUCUUCAGCAUCUUCAGCAGGUUCUACUACCAUUACCAUUCCAAAUCCUGCUAAUUUAAUCCCUCAUAAUCCUAGUAUAGGAUUAUUCUUUGGACCAUUUACACCAGCAUCAGAUAAUUUACCAGCUUUAUAUGGUAUGGUAGGUUUACAAUUCCUAAUAGGAGUUGGAUGUUUCCGUCAUGCUCGUCUGAUUAUAAGAAAUCGAAAUCUUAUACCUCAAGGUAGACCUCGAAGUUCAAUAUUUAAAGCAUUAAUACCAAUUUUAGGAGGUAUUGUAACAGUAUUUGGUAGUGGAUUAGAAUUAGCAAGAUUAGCAUUACCAUAUGAUCCAUGGUAUGAAGAAGCUAAAUAUUAUCGAAAAUUGGCUACUAAAUUAGGUGAUCCUCCUAAUCCAUGGUUUGGAGCUUAUAAACUUUAUCGUCCUAUGGAUUUAAGUUCUUGGAUUGAUAGAACUGGUAGAUGGAUAAAAAGUGCUGAUGAAGAUGAAUCUAGUCGAUCACAUAAUUCAUUUGUAUUUACAUCAGGAAUUGGACCGGAUGGUAAAGUCAUACAAGUAAAUGAUCCAAAAGCUCAACAAAUACAAAGACAGAAAUAUGUUUCAAUAUAUAAUGAAUUACAUUCAUUAAAUGAAAAUAGAUUUAAAUACUUACUAGAAUAUGAUCUUAAAGAUGUUUAUGAUUUAAAUAAAGCAGAAAGAAUUGAUCUUAUAUUAGAAGGUAAAUCUCCUUAUGUUAAUCCUCAGUAUACAAAGGCAUCCAUUCAAUUAGGAAAUUUUUCAAUUGAAUCAGAUGAACAAUUUGAAAGAGCAUGGUUAAAUUUUGAACCAUGGGAAGAAUUAAAGCAAGAAACUGAAUAUGAUAUUCGAAUUAUUACUCAUUGGUUUCCUAUUGUUGAUACUGAAGAAGAACAGUAGUUUAUAUAAACAAACCAAUAAAAUAAAAUAAAAUAAAAUAAAUAAAUAAAUAAUUAUUAUGACUUUAUACUAUUUAUUCAGUGACUAUAUACAAGAAAUACUAAUAUACA